AUGGGUCUCCAGGGGACGUUCUCCUUCCUCCUGGGGCUCCUGUUCGGCUCUAUGCUCUUGGUGGCCUCGGCAACUCUUGAGUCUCAUGACUGCAGCGACAAGGAGCAACAACAGGUCACCGUCAGUCACACGUACAGGAUCGGUGUGCCCAAGUCCGCCCUGGUCCAAGUGGAGGCCGACCCUCCGCCCUUGGGGCGCCUGGAGGGUCCGCUCCCCGUCUCCCCAAGGAUGGGUCUCCAGGGGACGUUCUCCUUCCUCCUGGGGCUCCUGUUCGGCUCUAUGCUCUUGGUGGCCUCGGCCCCUCUUGAGUCUCAUGACUGCAGCGACAAGGAGCAACAACAGGUCACCGUCAGUCACACGUACAGGAUCGGUGUGCCCAAGUCCGCCCUGGUCCAAGUGGAGGCCGACCCUCCGCCCUUGGUGGUAGCCCCCCAGGACCUGCAGCUGCUCAAGAGCACAGAGGAGUCCUUGCUGGUGAGCUGGACGCCGUCCAGCGAGGUGGACCACUACCUGCUCAGCUACCACCCCCUGGGGGCGGAGCUCUCUGCCAAGCAGAUCCACGUGCCCAGGCAGCAGCACAGCUACGAGAUCCAGGGUCUGCUGCCGGGAACCAAGUACAUAGUCACCCUGCGCAACGUGAAGAAGGAGGUCUCCAGCGGCCCGCGGCAUCUGCUCGCCACCACAGAUCUUGCUGUGCUUGGCACUGCUUGGGUGACAGACGAGACGGAGCACUCCCUUGACGUGGAGUGGGAGAACCCCCCGACCGAGGUGGACUACUACAAGCUGCGCUACGGCCCCCUGACAGGGCAGGAGGUGGCCGAGGUCACCGUGCCCAAGAGCAGUGACCCCAAGAGCCGAUAUGACAUCACCGGUCUGCAGCCCGGGACAGAGUAUGAGAUCACGGUCGUCCCCGUGACAGGUGACCAGGAGGGCAAGCCGAUCGUCCUGACCGGCAGGACAGAAAUUGAUGGCCCAACCAAUGUGGCCACUGAUCGAGUGACAGAAGACACGGCGGUGGUCUCCUGGGACCCUGUCCAGGCUGUCGUAGAUAAGUACGUGGUGCGCUAUACCUCUGCGGAUGGGGAGACCAAGGACACAGCGGUCCCCAGGGAGCAGAACAGCACCGUCCUGACGGGCCUGAAGCCGGGAGAGGCGUACAGCGUCUACGUGUGGGCUGAGCGGGGCCGCCAGGCGAGCAGGAAGGCCGACACCAGGGCCCUCACAGACAUCGAUAGCCCCAAAAACCUGGUGACCGAACAGGUGACGGAGACCACGGCCACCGUGUCCUGGGACCCGGUGCAGGCCGCCAUCGACAGGUACCUGGUGCGCUACACCUCUGCGGACGGAGACAGCCGGGAGGUCCCGGUGGGGAAGGAGCAGAGCAGCGCCGUGCUGAUGGGCCUGCGGCCGGGCGUGGAGUACACGGUCCGCGUGUGGGCCGAGAAGGGCGCCCGGCAGAGCGGCAAGGCCGAGGCCAAGGCCCCGACAGAAAGCGCCAGCCCCAAAAACCUGGUGACCGACCAGGUGACGGAGACCACGGCCACCGUGUCCUGGGACCCGGUGCAGGCCGCCAUCGACAGGUACCUGGUGCGCUACACCUCUGCGGACGGAGACAGCCGGGAGGUCCCGGUGGGGAAGGAGCAGAGCAGCGCCGUGCUGACGGGCCUGCGGCCGGGCGUGGAGUACACGGUCCGCGUGUGGGCCGAGAAGGGCGCCCGGCAGAGCGGCAAGGCCGAGGCCAAGGCCCCGACAGACAUUGAUAGCCCCAAAAACCUGGUGACCGACCAGGUGACGGAGACCACGGCCACCGUGUCCUGGGACCCGGUGCAGGCCGCCAUCGACAGGUACCUGGUGCGCUACACCUCUGCGGACGGAGACAGCCGGGAGGUCCCGGUGGGGAAGGAGCAGAGCAGCGCCGUGCUGACGGGCCUGCGGCCGGGCGUGGAGUACACGGUCCACGUGUGGGCCGAGAAGGGCGCCCGGCAGAGCGGCAAGGCCGAGGCCAAGGCCCCGACAGACAUCGAUAGCCCCAAAAACCUGGUGACCGACCAGGUGACGGAGACCACGGCCACCGUCUCCUGGGACCCGGUGCAGGCCGCCAUCGACAGGUACCUGGUGCGCUACACCUCUGCGGACGGAGACAGCCGGGAGGUCCCGGUGGGGAAGGAGCAGAGCAGCGCCGUGCUGACGGGCCUGCGGCCGGGCGUGGAGUACACGGUCCGCGUGUGGGCCGAGAAGGGCGCCCGGCAGAGCGGCAAGGCCGAGGCCAAGGCCCCGACAGAAAUCGACAGCCCCCAAAACCUGGUGACCGACCAGGUGACGGAGACCACGGCCACCGUCUCCUGGGACCCGGUGCAGGCCGCCAUCGACAGGUACCUGGUGCGCUACACCUCUGCGGACGGAGACAGCCGGGAGGUCCCGGUGGGGAAGGAGCAGAGCAGCGCCGUGCUGACGGGCCUGCGGCCGGGCGUGGAGUACACGGUCCGCGUGUGGGCCGAGAAGGGCGCCCGGCAGAGCGGCAAGGCCGAGGCCAAGGCCCCGACAGACCUCGACCCACCCAGAGACUUCCGUCCGUCUGCCGUGACACAGUCGGGCGGGGUUCUGACCUGGACGCGCCCCUCUGCUCAGAUCGAUGGCUACAUUCUGACCUACCGGCUCCCAGAUGGCACCGCUCAGGAGGUGCAGCUCGGACAAGGCGACCAGCGGUUUGAGCUGCAAGGCCUUGAGCAGGGCGCCACCUACCCUGUGUCCUUGGUGGCCGUUCAGGGUGACCGCCGGAGCAGGAGCGUGUCCACCACCCUUUCCACAGCUGGUGCCCGUUUCCCACACCCUUCGGACUGCAGUCAAGUUCAGCAGAACAGCAAUGUCGCCAGCGGCCUGUACACCAUCUACCUGCACGGCGACGCCGGCCGGCCCCUGCAGGUGUACUGUGACAUGGACACGGACGGAGGCGGCUGGAUUGUCUUCCAGAGGCGGAACACCGGGCAGCUGGAUUUCUUCAAGCGCUGGCGGACCUACGUGGACGGCUUCGGGGACCCCAUGCAGGAGUUCUGGCUUGGACUUGACAAGCUGCACAAUCUCACCACCGGCACCCCCACCCCAUACGAGGUGAGGGUGGACCUACAGACGGCCAACGAGUCCGCCUACGCCGUUUACGACUUCUUCCAAGUGGCCUCCAGCCGGGAGCGGUACCGGCUCGCAGUGGGGAAGUACAGAGGCACCGCGGGAGACGCUCUGACUUACCACAACGGGUGGAAGUUUACGACUUUCGACAGAGACAACGAUAUCGCCCUCAGCAACUGUGCUCUGACGCAUCACGGUGGCUGGUGGUACAAGAACUGCCACCUGGCCAACCCCAAUGGCAGAUAUGGGGAGACUAAGCAUAGUGAGGGGGUGAACUGGGAGCCCUGGAAAGGACACGAGUUCUCCAUCCCUUUCGUGGAGCUGAAAAUCCGCCCUCGGGGCUCCAGCGGGGAGCACGUCCUCGGCAGGAAGAGGCGGGCGCUCGGAGAACAUUCUAGAACGUUCUGACCGGCCCACUCGAGCAGUCGUCGCCCGAGGCAAGACCAGCCCGGGGCUGGGGCGCCGGAAGCGUGGGGUGGAGGGGGGUCGUGGUGGCGGAGAGUGGAAGUUAGGGGGACGGUCAUAGCCUCUAGUUUCUGAGAUGGCUGGUCACCCUGCGGGACAAAGCGUGUCACCAAGCUUCACAUCACAGAGGGCACUUCCCUGUCACCUGCAGACCUGUGCCAUCUAGAUUGGGGGCCUACAGACCAACGCAGAGCGAAUGGGACGGGCAGCCCCGGAACCGCAAGCUCUUUGGGUCUGCCGUCAGUAAUGAACAUUCGGGAUCAGGGCGAUAAAAAGCAUCUAGCACUUUACCUAUUGGAAACCUCUGGAAAUAUAUGUAUAUUUAAAGCUACGCUAAUACAAAUCUUUUCUCUAGAAAGAAGCAUUGGAUGACCAGGGGUUCUGAAAUAGCCCGAUGCUUGUGACCUCCCUUUACCACUGGGUUUUGAGGAUAAAAAAUUGCUGGUGUCGUGAGCAAGAAUAAAGGGGACCAAAAGGGACCGAGGUGGAUCCGCAUUCGCUGCGUUCUGACUGGCGUCCAUCAGCCAGAGGGAGCCUCCACGCUGCGCUAUUUUUAAGGGCCCCCUUUCCGGCCAUUUGCAUAAUCACUUUCAUAGAUCUGCACAUGUUGUGAAUAAAUUCUCACUCGUGUCAACUUUAAAUCAUUUGGCUUUCUCGAUAAUUGGUUCCUCCCAAAGCCUCUUUUCUGCGCCUCCGUUUCACGUGUCAGGUCCUCAGCCUCCCUCCUUUCCCCGGCUCCCCCCACUCUGUGCGCCUGGGUCUCCCCGAAGUCUCAGCAUCAGAGGCUUACCAUUCGCAUGGACACCGGGCCAGACCCUUUCGGCUUAUUUUCCUGUCACUCGGCAGGGUUUUACUGUAGGGAAGUCACUGAUCAUCGAAGUAAUUCAAAUUCCUAUUCAAGAAGAAAAUAAUAAUAAAGCACUGAUUAAAAACAUUUUUGCCUUGUGUUGUU